AUGGUAUCCAUGGUUACAGGAAUAAUGGACUUUUUGAUUUUUCUAAUGUUUAUAUUGAUUCGAGUCAAACGAAUUUCUAUUCUUUGUGUCAUUUUCUUCAAGAAUAAAGUACAAAAGAUGAAUUUAUUUGUUAAACCUCUGUAUAUUCAUUAUAAUAGUCGGUUAUUAUCCGAAGCAACAAUAUUUUUUAUCAUCAUAACAUUGAUUCGUUUUAUAUUACCAUUAAUGAUCGUAUGGAGAACUGAUUCAUUCUGGAUUAAAGAAUCGGAAUAUCGUGAAAUGCCAGAUAUUGAUUUCAGAAAAGAUUUAAUCCUAUUACUCAAUGUUAAAACCAUAGCUAAUCAAGAAGAACAUAUCAUUGGAUUCAGUACAAUCGAUGCGAUAAAUCGAAUUCUUGAUGACGAUAAAUAUUUGAUUCCGAUUAAUAUUGUACAGUAUGAAUACGAUUACGAUAAUGAUAAUCGAUAUGAUGAAUUAAAAUUAAUACUUGAUAUUCCGGUGGAUUUGAAUCGAACCCAUGUUGUUGGAUUUCGUUUAUUAACAUUUUUUCAAUAUCGUUUAUCGGAACGUAUACAGCUAGAAAUGGAAUCAUUGGCUGAUUUAAACAUUAACGAUCGUAUUGGUGGACAAUACGUACGCAUUGAAGGUCAUCUAGAAUUUGUACAACGAAAACCAUUCAAUCAUCGUGGUUAUGAAUUUCGAUUCAAUCAAAGCAUUAUUCCUUCGGAUAAAAAAAUUCACCUUGAAGACAUUCUACUAAGAUAUUCGCUUCGAAAAUAUUUUACUCAAAUGAAUGUCGACUAUCAACACUGGCAACCAUAUCAAUCAAUACUUAACACGCGAACUAAACAUCCAUUCCGAUUAGAUGUAACCAUCUAUUAUCAUGAUCAAUUAUUUCGAUACUACACUGGAUUCUGGUAUCUAAUCAAAUGGGCAUUGGUACAAUAUCUGGCUGUAUUUAUCAUCAUUGACUAUUUUAUCCAUUGGAUUCAAUGUUUGGUAUUCGAUGGCUAUAUAGUAGCAACGAUUCCACGAAUACAAAAUGUACAUUUAUUAAAUUCAAUUUUAAUGAAAAAACAAUUUUGAAUUGUUCUCUUUCGAAAUCAAAUGUGGCUCUGAAAAGAGCCGUUUAAUGGAUGAAAAAAAAUUAUGAAAUAAAUGAAAAAUUUUUAUUUUUUA